GGCGCUGCACCGUUUCCGUUGUAGCCGGGUGUCCGCGCCGCUCACUAGUCUGGUCCGACAUUUCCGCCGUGUGGGGCUCGGGACCUCGCCUGGACCUGAGCCUGAGCCGGCGGCGUUGAGGAGAGUACUCAUGGGUAAGAGAAAGGAAGAAUGUAUUUCAAAGCCUGGAUCCCAUAAAAGGCAGCGACAAGAAUACACAGAUGAACAUAGUGAUGCAUCUAAUGAAGAGGAAAAUUCACAGUCAUCAGCUGAUAGCAAUUUCUCUUUACUGUCGACUGCAGGGGAAGUUGGGAUAAUUGAAAGUAUCCAGCUGAAGAACUUUAUGUGCCAUUCGAUGUUGGGGCCUUUUCAGUUUGGAUCAAAUCUCAAUUUUGUUGUUGGAAACAAUGGAAGUGGAAAAAGUUCUGUAUUAACUGCUCUUAUUGUUGGACUUGGUGGAAAAGCCACUGCAACUAAUAGAGGCUCCUCAUUAAAAAUGUUUGUACGAGAUGGAGAGACUUCUGCAGAUAUUACCAUAACACUGCGAAACCAAGGUAGAGAUGCAUUUAAACCAGAAAUGUACGGUGACUCUAUUAUUGUGAAUCGGCACAUUAAUCUGGAUGGAAACAGAAGUUGUAAACUGAAAAGCAAAUCUGGGACCUUAAUUUCCUCAAAGAAGGAGGAACUUGUAGGAAUACUGGAUCACUUCAAUAUACAGAUAGAUAAUCCUGUGUCUGUUUUAACCCAAGAGAUGAGUAAGCACUUUUUACAGUCUAAAAAUGAAGGUGACAAGUACAAGUUUUUUAUGAAGGCAACCCAGCUGGAACAAAUGAAAGAAGAUUAUUCAUCUAUUAUGAAAACUAAAGAAAAUACAUGUAUUCAGAUAGAACAAGGAGCAGAGCGUCUUGAAGAACUUAAGCAGCUUUAUUAUGAAAAAAAGGAACAUUACAAAAGCAUUGCUUUUGUGAAUGACAUGCGAAAUCAUCUUGAAGAUUUGAAACAUCAAAUGGCGUGGGCAGUGGUGGGUGAGAUGGAAAAAGAAAUACAGCCAAUCAAAGAAGGCAUCACAGCUGAAGAAAGAAAUACGGAGAAGUUUGUUCAGAAGCUAGAAGAAUGCCGGGUAAAAGUGAAUGAAGCAGAAGAAAAGUACAAACAAAUACAAGAGAAGUUAAUAACCAUAAGUGAAGAAGCACAAGCCCUGCAUCCUCAGUGUAUCUCUUUGAAGGCUGAUGUACAGACAAAAAGAAAAGCAGUGAAUGAUGCUGAGGUACUUUAUAAUCGUUCCAAAACUGAGUUAAAACGUCUGGGAAAAGACGAUGAACACCUGCGUAAACGAAUUGAAGAACUGAAAAGCAGUGCUAGUAAGGUUUUGGAGCCUGAAAAAUUGGAAAGACAAAGGAAAAUUGCACACCUAAAGGAACGGUUAAAGGUAUUCCGUGAUGAAGAAAUAAUGAUUGGUCAACAGGUGGAUCAGUUUCAUCGGGCUAUAUAUAGGUGUAAGGAAGAACAUACUAGACUUAGGAGAGAAGACUGUGUUGCAAAACAAGCACUGGAUGCCAAGGAGAAACAGCUAAGAGACCUGAAAGAUAGUAGAACAAAUACCUUGAAAAGAUUUGGAUCGUAUAUGCCAGCAUUUCUUCAAGCAGUUGAAACGGCCUAUAGGGAAGGGCGCUUUAAACAUAAACCUAUUGGACCUCUAGGUGCUUUCAUUCAUAUGAAAGAUGCUGAACUGGCUUUGGCUGUUGAAUCUUGUUUAAAGAACCUAGUUCAGGCAUUUUGCUGUGAUAAUCAUAAUGAUGAAAGAAAUCUUCAGCUACUGAUGUCUAAAUAUUAUCCACAUGGAAUUAGACCUCAAGUAAUCGUAAAUAAAUUUCGUAAUGAAGUUUAUGAUGUUAGACACAGAGCAGUUCAUCAUCCAGAAUUCCCAUCAGUUCUCACAGCAUUGGAUAUAGAUCAUGCAGUGGUUGCCAAUUGCUUGAUCGAUGUGAGGGGUAUUGAAAAAGUCCUGCUGAUUAAAAGUAGCCGUAAAGCUCGUGAAGUAAUGCAGCUUAAUCAGCCCCCAAAAAAUUGUAGAGAAGCUUUCACUGCUGAAGGUGAUCAAGUAUUUGAAAGACGGUAUUACUCUUCUUACUACAUCAGACCCAAGUACCUAAGCAAAGACGUUGAAACAGAAAUAAGUUUCUUGGAGAAGGAAAUUGAAAGCAAAAAGGCACAGUUGGCAGCAUCUCAGCAAUACUUAUAUUCCAUUGAAAAUGAGAUUAGGCAGAAUGAAGGACAUCUUCAUUGUCAUCAACAACGCCAAAAAGAACUACAGAUAAAAAUAAGAACAACAAAUGCAGAAGUAGCAGAUCUUGAAAACGUGGAAGAACAACAAUCAGUGGACAUCCAUACAUUAGAAGAGGAAAUUGAAGAAAAUAAGGGUAGGAUGGAGUCUGUAAAAAAAGAAAUGCAGCAACAAAGCAGAACAAUGGACGAACUGAAAAAUAUUCUCCAGGAAGCUGAAAGAAAAUUUGCAGAAAUUAAAGAAAAAAUUCAUCAAGUAGAAGAAAUUGCUGGUCCAAUUAAGGAUGAACUAAACCAAGCUGACUCAGAGGUGGAAAACUCUAAACACCUUUUGCAGCACUAUGAAGACAAGCAGAAAGAACACCUGGCUUGCAUAAAAAGACAUAAAGAAUUACUAGCUGCUAAAGAAAAAAAAUUGGAGGAAAAAAUGGCACAAGCUAGGCAAAUAUACUCAGAACGCAUAGAGGUCAGCAGAACUGUUAAGAGUCUUGAUGCAGAAAUGAAUCGCUUGAGAGAGAGGAUAAAUUCAGAAAAUAAUCGCCAUGGAAACAGAGAAGAAAUAAUACAGCAAUUUCAUGAUGCAAAGGAAAGAUAUGAGGAUGCAAACAGUAAAGUAAAGAAUUUAAAGAACUUUAUUAGGCUGCUGGAAGAAAUAAUGACACAGAGAUUCAAAAUAUAUUGGCAGUUCUUAAGGCUCCUUUCUUUACGAUGCAAACUCUACUUUGACCAUUUAUUACGUAUUCGAGCUUGCUCUGGAAAAAUACUUUUUGAUCACAAGAAUGAGACACUUUCAAUAACAGUUCAGCCUCGAGAGGAAGACAAUGACCUUAAUGAUGUGAGAUCUUUAUCAGGAGGUGAACGUUCCUUCUCAACAGUUUGUUUCAUUCUUUCUCUGUGGUCCAUUACUGAAUCUCCUUUCAGAUGCUUGGAUGAAUUUGAUGUCUACAUGGACAUGGUUAACAGAAGAAUUGCAAUGGAUAUGAUUCUUAAAGUGGCUGACUCUCAGCAUCAUCGACAGUUCAUUUUGCUCACCCCACAAAGUAUGAGUUGUCUACCUAUAGGUUCCCAUAUUCGAAUUCUCCGAAUGCAAGAUCCUGAAAGAGGCCAAAGAAUACGGAAGUUACAGAAUAGGAAUAACGAGGAGGAAGAUGAAUAAGUAUCUCUGUGCAUGAAUAUGAUGUACUAUUGAGGAUAAAUGUAUAAUGGUGUGUAAAGUUAUUACUUCCUGAUGCUGGAUAAGAGGAUCUUUUGUUAGAUACUUUUAGGAAAGGAAGUUCCUGAAGUUCCUGUUUUGUUUUGUUUUAAAGAAUUAUUAUGUGUGUACAGACCAAGAAUAAGCACAGUUUUGAUGAUGAGAAAAUCCUGAAUGUUCAGUUGAUAUUUUUAACUACCAACUAGUAGAAUUUUUUAUCAGUUGUUCUGUUCUGUUUUUUCUUCUGGAAAAGAUUAAAUAUAUUUUGUAUAACUAUGGAGUAACAUUUUAAUAAACAGUGAGAACUGGUACUUGUGGUAGUGUUUUAGUAUCUCUACACACUUAAAAUUAUCAUUAAUUUAAAAAUGUUGGUUUCUUCCUAGCUCUGCUUUAUCUCUUAAAUGUGUGCUAAUUAAUACAUUCAGUAAAACAUGUGUUUCAUUUGUUUCCAGUGGAAUCACAGCAGCUGAACGUGAGGAACUUUUAGUACUUAUAGUGUAUACUUUCAUAAUUAGGGAAGUGAAAGAUUUAUUUGUAGUAUAUUCUCGGAGCAGGAGAAAAGUGCUUCUAUCUCAAAGAGUUAAUAGGGAAGAGUUAAGUCUCUCUGGACAUGAGCUUACAACAUCUAGCAAAUUGGGUCUUUACAAACUUAGAUUCUUAAUUCCAGUAAACUGAGUUCUUGCACAGUCUGAGUUUACAGAUUUAGAUUAAGUCUGUAGAGAUUCAUUAUAACAAACUUAAGUGGCCGAAGUCCUUCCAAUAUAGAGGAAUGAAAUGAAAUAAGAAUUCUGGGAAAUAAUACAGUUACCUUUCUACAGCAUUGUAGGCCUGUGGGUUUUUUGGGUGUCCCUGCCCCCUCCUCUGGGACUAUACUAAAGCAAGUUUAUCUUAAUUUAGCUGCUGUAUUUAAAUAAUACAAGCAUUUAUUGGGAAUAAGAAGGAGACAGAAGAACCAGAUUUUUCAAACUGCCCCAAAUUAACUUUUUUACUCUUCUUCCAGGAACUUGAAAUUGUUCAGAGCUCUUCAAAAACAAUCACUGUUUAGAGUUCAGCCAUUAGAGGAGUUUUGUUUUUUUUUUUUUUUUUUUGCUUUGAUGUUAUGGGGAUACAAAAGUCAUUGACACUAUUCAGGGAACAGUUCUGCAGUUUCUGCAGUUACUUGCCAAAUAUGAAUUCCUCAGUAAAACCUCACUGCAGUGUAAGCUUUAACUUGACUUUGUAGUCAAAUUUGGUUUUAGCUGCUGCAUGGUAUUUUGUGUUCUUUAAUGUGUUUUAGUUUUUCUGCAAGCAUGUAUUGUGUAGGUACACCUAAAAUAUGGAAGCUAGAUAAGAAUUGAAGGAAAUACACUGAGAAAGCUAUUUGCAGUUCUAGUGCAUUCUAACUGUAGGAAUUAAGUCUGGGGGUCUUUAAGAGGCUUCAGAUGUUUACUUCUGAAAGUCAGGGUAAUGGGCCAAGAGACUCACAGCAGCCUCACGGAGGUUACUGACAGAAAUGGGCCAGGCUUUUAGUUGAAGUGUGUAGCAGAAGAGAGCCAGACAGCGGUCAUAAAUUGACGUGGGGAGGUUCUGGCUGGGUAAACUGUGGGGAGGGACUCUUCAGGUUGAAGAUUGGAAGCAUUUGAGCAUGUUGUCCUGACAGGCUGUAGAAUCUCCAUCCUUGGAGGCUUUUGAGGUCUGAAUAGACUGCUGUACCUCCUUCAAGCAGGGAGUUGGACAAGAGACUUCUGGAGGUCCCUACCAAACCAAACAAUUCCAUAAUCCUGUGAUUUGGUGGAAUAUAUAUUAAGGAUACUUACAACUUCAGGAUUAUGUGAAAAUAGUGGGGGGGGUGGAGGGGAACCAUACAAAGGGUGUACUUGGUAAAACUUGUCUGCAACACAAGCCCAGUUUGUACUGGGAGUCCUGGAUACUAUUACAUGAUCAUGAACCACGUUUAGUUUGACUCGAUUUUAUGGUGAAACUAGAAUAUAUUUCAGACCCUUUUACAAAAUGAGAUGAUAGAAUGGCAUAGAAUUACUUCCUCCUGAUUUUCUUCAGCAUCCAAAAAAUAAAGUAAGAGUGCAGAGGCAGGAGAGAGAAAAGCAUUUAUUGUCAUUGUACUUUAUAAUGAAUUGUGUGGAGAAAAGAGCUUAAGGGAAAUUAUUGUAUUCCUACUGAGCUAACACUUCAGCUUUCUCUCAAGUUUUCUAUAGACUUACUUGAAAUAUUGGAGCAGUUGGCAACAAUUCUGGUCUUUGGUUCAAAUCAAUAUAUUGUAUUUAUUCCAAUCUACCGCUGUACUUGAUGAAAAUGUGCGCCUGACUGUGUAAUUAUUGUAAGCAAUUGUUUUCAUGGUAGAGGAUUAGUUCUGAAUAAACAAUUACUGAAGCA